AUGAUGGGGGAAGAAUCAGAUUCAGCACCGCCGAAUAGAGAACUCUACGCGCUGCUGAAUUUAUCACCGGAAGCCUCCGACGAAGAAAUCAGGAAAGCUUAUCGUCAAUGGGCUCAAGUUUAUCACCCCGACAAGUACCAAUCUCCUCAGAUGAAGGAAGUAGCUACGGAGAAUUUCCAACGCAUAUGUGAAGCGUAUGAGAUUUUGUCGGAUGAGACUAAGAGGCUAAUAUAUGAUUUGUACGGAAUGGAGGGAUUGACUUCAGGAUUAGAGCUUGGUCCUAGGCUGAGUAAAGCCGAUGAGAUCAAAGAGGAGCUUGAAAGGAUUAAGAGGAGAAACGAAGAAGCUAAGAAGAUGGCACAUUUUCUACCCACUGGUUCGAUUAUCUUCAAUCUGUCUCUGCCACAUUUUUUACGCGGUGAUGGUAUCAUGAGAGGAAUGGUUAUGGCUAGUCAAGUGCAAUCUCAGUUAUCAAAAGAUGAUGCUAUUGCUAUUGGUGGAAAUUUGGCGGGCAGUGAAAAAGCUGGCGGUGGAAUUGCUACUGCCGUCCUGAGACGUCAGCUUUCUCCAGUGUCAUCCAUAGAGUUUCUUGCGUCAACGGGUCUGCGGUCGCUUAUUGGGAUGCAGACAACACGUCAGUUGUCCAUACAUUCAACUGCCACUAUCAAUAUUUCAAAGUCUUUGAGUGAUGGCUCCAUUAAUCUUACCAACACUUGGACUCGACAGCUUUCAGAAACGUCAAGCGGAAAUAUUGAACUGGCGCUGGGUGCGCAAUCAGCAAUUUCAGUCGGAUGGAAAAUCAGAGAAGAGAAUGUAUCUGCCGCUGGUGCCCUGAAGAUUGAGGCUGGUGGACUCGGAGUAUCAGCGCGUUAUACACGUAAACUAUCAUCCAAAUCUCACGGUCGCAUUGUAGGUAGAAUCGGAAGCAAUGCUCUUGAGAUUGAGGUCGGUGGUGGAAGGAAGAUUUCUGAGUUCAGUACCGUAAGAAUGAUGUAUACAAUAGGACUUCAGGGUGUUUUUUGGAAACUAGAGCUACACCGUGGUGGCCAAAAGCUGAUUGUUCCUAUUCUACUCUCCUCGUAUUUAAGGCCAGUAUUCACAACUGGAGCAUUCAUUGUUCCAACAUCCCUUUACUUUUUGUUAAAGAAAUUUGUCGUGAAGCCGUAUUUGCAUAAAAGAGAAAAACGAAAGGCCUUGGAGAAUAUGGAGAAAACUUGGGGCCAGGUUCGGGAAGCAAGGGCAGCGGCUGAGAAAGCCCAGCAAUUGCUACAAAACGUAGCCACGAGGAAGAGAAACCGGCAAGUUGAAACAGGAGGGCUCGUAGUAACAAAAGCAUUGUAUGGUGACCCAAAAGCGUUGUAUGGUGACCGAGAAGGGAUAGAGAGAAGACUUGAAGAAGGAGAAGUGGAUUUGGGAGUCAUUGACGUGACAGUGCCAAUGAACUUCCUCGUGAGUGACUCAGGGCAGCUCAAGCUCCAUGAGGGAGUGAAGAAAUCAGGGAUCAUGGGCUUUUGCGAUCCGUGUCCUGACCGACCUAAGCAGUUAUACGUUGCCUAUACUUGCCAUUCUCAUACAUUUGAGGUAAUUGUUGGUGACUCUGAAGAGCUGAUUAUACCACAAGAAGGCCAGUGA